AUGACUAAAAAACAUGAAAAACAUGAAAAACAUGAAAAGAAGAAAAAAUCUGGAAAACGGUACCACUCGGAUAUAGAAUCCUCCAAUAGCGAAAAACCUGAAGCUAAACGAUCGAUACCUAAUAUUAAACCAACGAAAAGACAAAAGCCCACUUUAAUCGACUUUGUUGAAGACGAAGAAAGAAAUAUUGGUAUAUUUCGAUAUAUUUAUGUAAUCAUGCCUGAAUUUAUUAUAUCACCUAAUGAUUAUGAAUUUAAAGUACUCGAUAAAGAAAAACGAACAAAAAGACGUCAAUCGGAAUCAAUGAAAGGCCAAAAAGGCCAAAAGUCCGGUGUAAUUGACUUAGUUGACGAUGAUGACAAUGAUCUGAUUCAACAGGAUGAGAGAGAUAAUGAUCAAACCGCGUUCAAGGAGCAAGUCGAAGAAUUGAGUCAGUUGAUCCAGAAAAUAACGAAAGGUAAACAAAAAGCAGCAAAUCCGAAAGAUAUGAUUAUUGACUGGUCGGGAGUAGAAACCUCAGAUUCUCCAGAAAAGAGCCAAUACGUAUCCCGAUCACUGAAAAAGAACUGA